AGACUGCCUUUUCUUUUGAGCGAUUCCUAAAUGUUCCCUCCCUAACCUAAGAAAAGGGAAUCCCCAGGUUCGAGAGGCCCAGUGGGAACGGGCGGCUUUGCCGGCUACUAUCCGUGACACUGUUUGCUGGGCAGCUUCUCAGCGCGAGUUCGGUGAAGAGCUAGAAGGGAAAGGACGGGGCGUUUCCAACACCCUGCAAAAGAAAACGCGUCCUCCACGAAGUGCUCGCGUUCCCGGCUUGGGUGGAGAGGGAUACGCGGCGGAACGGCCCGCAUUUAGCCUUCCCCGAAAGAGCUGGUUUCCCGGAACGCCGCCCGCCCGUCCGCCCGGCGGUUUCACUUUCGCUCCUGCAGCGCCUUGCACUCCGCUGCUACAGCGCCCCUUCCGUGCGCUCCUCGCUCGCGCAGGGAGCCGAUUCUUUUGCCGGCGAGGCGAGGCGAGGCGAUCCUUCGCACCGGAGCCUUCAGCCCUCAGCCCGACUCUCUCUGAGGCUCUCCCCGGACGCGGAGGCGCCCAGUUUCCGCCUUAGCAAGAGGCUCGGCCGCUCCUGCCCCGAAGACCCACUCCUGGCCUGGGCACGAUGCCUCCAGAACGCACCUGCAUGGCAGCCCCCGCCUGUCUGAUCGAGAACAGGCCUGACGGGACGCUUGUGGUCAACCAGGAGGCCGCGAGGGUGCUGGCGGCGAUCCACCAGCCGGUGGUGGUGGUGGCCGUUGUGGGGCUGUACCGCACGGGCAAGUCCUACCUCAUGAACAGGCUCGCAGGCCAGAGCAGAGGCUUCCGCUUGGGGGCCACGGUGCAGGCGCUGACCAGGGGCAUCUGGAUGUGGUGCCGGCCGCACCCCUGCAGGCCUGACCACACGCUGGUGCUGCUGGACACGGAGGGACUGGGCGACGUGCAGAAGGGCAACACGGAGAACGACGCGUGGAUCUUCGCGCUGGCCAUCCUGCUGAGCAGCACGCUGGUGUACAACAGCAUGGGCACCAUCGACCAGCACGCCCUGGAGAAGCUGCAGUAUGUGACGGAGCUGACAAAGAAGAUUAGAGCCAAGGCGUCCUCUGAGAAUCACGCAGAGGAGGAGAAUUCUGCAGAAUUUGUCCGCUUCUUCCCAGCCUUCAUCUGGGCUGUACGGGAUUUCACGCUGCAGCUGGAGAUCGACGGACGGCCUGCCAGCGAGGAUGACUACUUGGAGAGCGCCUUAAAAUUGCAGCGAGGCGACACGGAGCAGGUCCGGAAGUGCAACAUGCCGCGCCUCUGCAUCCGCCAGUUCUUCCCUUCGCGGAAGUGCUUCACGUUCGACCGUCCCGCCAGCAAGAAGAAGCUGGCCCGGCUGGAGGAGCUGGACGACGAGGAGCUGGAGGAGGACUUCUUGCAGUCCGCGGAGCGUUUCUGCCGAUACAUCUGGGAAGGAUCCCGCCCCAAGACGAUCCCCGGGGGCCAGACCGUGACCGGAGCGAUGCUUACGCACCUGAUGCACACCUACAUCGAUGCGAUCAACAGCGGUGAGGUGCCCUGCUUGGAGAACGCCGUCCUGGCCCUGGCCGAGAGGGAGAACACAGCUGCUGUGCGCGAGGCCCUCUCCCGCUACGAAGAGCGCAUGGCGCAGCGGCUGGAGCUGCCCACGGACACGAUCGAGGCGUUGCUCCGGGUGCACACUGAGUGUGAGAGAGAGGUGAUGGCGGCAUUCCUGGCCCGUGCAUUUGGGGAAAGCAUUCAGAAAUUUCAAGCAGAACUUGUGCAUAAGCUGAUUCAGAAAAAGGAGGAAUUCUGCAAGCGGAACGAGCAGGAGUCAUUAAGCCACUGCUCUGCUGUGCUUAAGGAUCUUGCCCAGGAGUUGGAAGUUGGGAUCCAAAUGGGAGUCUACUCUGUGUCUGGUGGCUACAAACUUUUUCUGGAGAAACUGCAUGGAAUCGAAGAGAAAUACCUCCUGGUGCCUGGCAAAGGGGUUCAGGCUGACAAGGCUCUUGAAGAGUUCCGGAAAUCCAAGGCAACGGUGUCAAAGACUAUUCUUACGAUGGACAAAGCCCUGACCGACAGGGAGAAGGAAAUCGAAGCCCAGCGCGCUCAGUCCGAAGCAGCCAUACUUCAGCAGAAGCUCCUGGAGCAGGAACAGGCCAGGCUGACCCAAAUGCUGGAUGACCAGAAGCGAAGCCAUGAGGAGCAGCUGCAGCUGCUGAAGGAGAAGAUGGGGGAGGAGAAGGAGAGGAUGCAAGAGGAGACCGAGAGGAUGAUCCAGCACAAGCUCAAGGAACAAGAGCAACUGUUAAAAGAAGGAUUUCAGGAGAAGGCCAGAGCAAUGGAAAAUGAAAUCCGAUCCCUCAAGGAAAAUAAGAAGUCUUCCGUCGAGCUUGUGCUAAAUACACUGAUCCCACCUUUGCUUGCUCUGGGACAGCAGGCUAUGCAGAACUACAUGAUGUAUAGUCUUGCGAAGCCUGCCAGUGCUGUGGAGGAGCCGAACCGUUCCAGGCUGGACGGAGACAACCGACCUGUUUCCAGAAAGGAUGCAGACAAGAUCACCGUUUCCAAGCCCGAUGCAAGCAGGGCCAAUGUUUGCAGGGCUGCACAAAGACCACCAACACAGGGUUCAAAGAAAUUGCCCCAAUUUGGGGAGGGGAGAGGGUCUCAGGUUUGAAUGUAUUUUCAAAUGCUUUCAAAAACGCAGGGACAGCUCUUUGGCCUAGAAGAUAAGGGGGCUGUUUUAACGGGAAAUCACAGGGGUCUCUCCCUUUUGGGUGGGUGGGUGGGUGGGUGUCUUUCUCCUUGCUUCACAACUUGCAUGCGGGCAUAUAUAUGACUGUCCAGCGCUUUGGUCCUCCAUGGUUCAAGCAGCAGCUUGCUUUUUCGUUCUGGUGUAUCUGAUUCUACUUUCAGCUUAUGAAGGUGUGCAGUUUAAACCCUAACCUGAAAUAAAACAACUCCCAUGCUGCAAACAUGCAACUCAGUCCAGGUAGGCAGGCAGAGAAGGGUGUGGGCAGGUUUGCCCUGAAGGAUUCCCUCCUGCUGUACAAAUGUUACAGCCUAAAACACAGGAUAAGAAAAAUGUCCUGAGGCGUCUCUGGUUGGCCUGUGCAAUUCUAAAUUGCUAGUGGGGGAUUCAGUCCUCCCUCUGAAUCUAGGGCUGGGUUCACACAAUAUGAAAGAGAGCCAGUGUGGCGUAGUGGUUAAGAGCAUGGGACUGGGACUCAGAGGAUCUGGGUUCGAGUCCCCGCUUGGCCAUGGAGCCAACUGGGUGACUUUGGGC